AUGAUGCUCUUAACGAUGAAACAUUCGGAACAGAGGCUUUUCGUAAUAGCAGAAAAUUCUAGAACUUAUAGGCAUAGUUACAAUUCUGAUAAAGAUGAUGAUCUGGACUUGGAGGCUAACUUGUCUCAAUUGGUUUUGGAAAGUGAGGAAGAAGGUGAAGAUGAAACAAUAGAUAAUAAUGCCAAAAAUAAAACGUCAAAACCAAUGAAUGUCUUUAAUAGGUUUUCAUUUGAUUGUAUUGGCGAUUAUAAUCCAUCUACUUGGGGUGGUUACCCUGACUCGCUGACAUCUAAAUUAUUUAAUCCGGAAAAAGAACAAAUUUUACCUCAAAUUCAACCCAAGGGUUCAGUGACACAAUUCUUGCCACCGCAAUUAUCUAAAAUUCCAACUGUACAAGAGUUGGAAAGAGAUUUAAUGCAAAAAAAUAAGCAAAAAUUGAAAAAUCAAGAAAAAAAAGAUUUUAUUCAGUUGUUUCAAGAUAAAAAUAAUUAUUCCACUGCACCUAAUAAUACAAAUAAUCAAACCUCAGAUAUAAGUAUUCAAGUUCAAAAUUUACUUACCAGGCGCCACAAUUCUGUAUCGAAAUUUUCUCAAUCUUCAGAAAUGGUCAUGCUUAAAAGCAACCAAAAUAUGCCUUUGCCAAUGGAACCCUUAAUACUUCCUCCACACAUGCCAAUGCUUUAUCCACCUCCAAUGUUUCCCCCAACUCCUCAUCCUUUACUCUUAUCGCAAAAUCAAAGAAUGGCAAAGCCUCAUCCAAUAAUGCGAUUAUUGCCAACUCAUCCACUUUUAAUGCAACAACAACAACAACAACAACAGCAUCAGCAGCAGCAUCAUCAUCAACAACAAUUUUUUCAUCAACAUUAUCAAAAACAGCAAAAUCAUCAAAAACAAUUACAAACAAAGCAACAGGGAAAUGGAGAUCAUGAUGAAUAUGCUGGUAUAAUGAACAAUAAAGAAAGGCAGUGGUUAUUAAAUAUACAAAUUAUUCAAUUGGCCAUAGAAAAACCUUAUGUCGACGAUUAUUAUUACACGGUAUGGUCUAAAAAGCAAGAAAGUAAAAAAAAAAAAAAUGAAACGAAAAACGGUUAUAGAAAUGAUAGACAAUACAGGGAGUCUUUUUUCGCAAAUAGAAAUCAUAAUAAAAACGAUGUUAAUAAUAGAGAGAGAAAAAAUUCGGAUCGUGACGUCACGCCAACUUUUUCUCCAAAAGUUUAUGUUCCCCUUCAGUUUGAAAAUUCACUUGGUAAACUACAGUGUGGAAGUGUCACAGCACCUAGAAAAAUAAUAGAUUUAGAUGUUGUUCCAGAGCGACAAGUUCAGUCGCCUCCAGUUACUAAUCAUCGCGAUUCUAAAAAAACAAAAAAAAUUUUAUUAGAAUUAGAAACGUUAUGUUUACUGGCAAUGGAUGUAGAUGAUUUAGAUAGGAAUGUUAUACCGGAAACUAUACUCUCUAAUGAAAAAACGGCACCAAACAAAUCUAAAUUAUUGGAACAAAUUAUGACUGGGUAUUUAAACGAGGAUAGAUUUGUUAAUUUUAUGUGUAUUAAAAAAGGAAAGACAUUAUUAUUAAGAGUUCUUUCACAUUUAAAUAAUAAAAAUCAUAGCGAACAUUUAACUAAUUUAUGGUGUCGAUUUUUCAAAUCAAUUUCCGUUAUUAUUCGUAAAGAUCAAAAUGACGGAAUUCUUUUACAAAUUUUCCCUUAUUUUAAACAAUGGAUCAACACAGUAGACUGUGGAGUUUUAUCAAUAAUAGCAUCGUAUUUACUCAUCGCAAAUGUUCCGAGUCAAAUGAAAAAAUCAUCGAGAGCCGUUUCUCCAAAUCCUGGAAAAAGCGUGCUGUCGUAUAUAUUAACGACAACGUUUGGAGUGAGUGCAGUGUCGAGUUUAUUAUAUCGCGGGGAAUCAAUGUAUCCACUAUUAGAAGAUAAACAAAAACAAGACUGGACGAGUUUUUUAUUAAAUUUUAUUAAGCAUUUGAUUAAUUUUCCAAAUAUCGACAGCAUACCUGCUCCUAUGGAUCCACUACCCGGAAACAUAAUUUCAGUUAUAUUAAACAGAAGCACAGGACUUCAAAUUCAAGAAUAUGCAUCAGCGAAAAGAAUAUUGACGGCCUUUAAUAAAGACAAAUCGCGUUCCUGA